AUGGCUGACAGCGAGGCUGCCGGCUCAAGGUUUGCUCGAGUCGAUGAGGAAGAAAUUAAUCAGAUUAUAGAGGAUGCAAUACCUAAAAGUACGAAAAGACAAAUAAGCUGGAGCAUUGCUAUCUUCAGAGGUCAGUAAACCAAGCAAAAACUUAUAUUAUUCGCCAUUUUUCCGUGUGUAUUAAAACAAGUGCUUGAAAAGUUGCAUGCAAGCAGUGAACUCAGAUUAUAUAUUAAAUUGGUUAGAGACUGUAAAGUUCGUGUUUUGUUUACAAAUAUACGCUUUUGCUGAUCGUACAAUGAAUUCGAAAUUUUCAAUACAGACUGCAUUAGGCUUCGCCUCGUGCAGUAUUGAAAUUUCUCGUUCAUUGUACGAUCAGCGCGUGCGUAUAUUUGUCAAAAACACCCACAGCAGUCUCUAACCUUUAAUAAAACAUAGUUACUACAAAUCCCUUUUUUCUUUAAUGACCUGUGAAUAGCUAGCUUUGUAGCAAGCUUUUAGCAUGUCGUUUUCAAGUAGUCGUAUGUCGCUUAAUUGCUAGUUAAUGCGGAAAAGUGAAGUUACAUUCAUCAAAUUACGUUCGGGCAGGCCCGUAAAACCAUGAUGGUGAAAUCUGUUUAAGAUUUAUGCACAGUCAUUAAGUCUAGGUAGGUAAGUAAAACUUUAUUUAACUACGCUAACCCCCCUGCAGCAAGAGCUGAUUUCCAAGAGGGGCGUAGAUAUGAAUUUUAACCAAUUACAUUACAAAUUUACAAAAUACAGUCAUUACUCUUACAGUAAUUAUAAUUACUAUUACGGUCAUUACAAUUACAAUCAUCACACUGAGCUUAAAACGUGGUAUAAAUAAAUAGUAAAACAAUUAAAAUAUGAAUAUCGUGCAUGGAUAUUAUUUCAUUAAUUGCCCAGGUGUCAUAAUAGUUGUAAGUAAAGCGUAGAUAUCUUAUACAGCUAUUUCAAUUAAGGUUGUUCACGAGCAAAGCGGAAAAGUCGAAUACGAGCGCGAAUAGCUGUUGGGAAUCGCUUUGAAAAUUCAUUAAUUUGUUAGCGAUUCCCAGCAGCCUUUCGCGCUCGUAUUCGAUUUUUCCGCUUUGCUCGUGGACAACCUUAAUUGAAAUAGCUGUAUACACUAGAUAGCGUAUCUCUUUUAGUAAAAUUGAAGCCAAGAAUAUUCCAGCGGUUACCCCCAUUUGAAUAGAUGGCGGCCAUGUUGGUGUCUCCCAUUCCUUAAUAAACGCUUAAAAAACAACAAUAACUUUCAUCAUUUGAAUAGUUUGAAAAUGUAUUUGGAAUAGGUUUAACUUAAUGUUUUAAGUUCCCUGUUUAAGAAAUAGAAAACAUACCAUUCUUUUCAUUUCAUAGGAAUAUCCUGAAUCUGCAAACACGGCUUCAAUUUUUGAAUUGCAGAAUAAUAGACCUUUCCAAGGUUAACGACGCCAUAAUGAAACACAAUAGUGCAAGGGGUGCAAACACAAUGGAAUUCCCUAUAGGUAAAUUUGCAGGGGGUGCAAACACAAUGGUGAAAACAAUGGAUUCAAGAUGGCGUCGUUAACCUUGGAAAGGUCUAUUAGAUGCACUAUCUAGUGUAUAUAAGAUAUCUAUGAAGUAAAGGCAGUAAGAGAUCUCUUAUUCCUUAAUUCGUCUGGGAGGCAAUUCCACAAUUUUGUCAAGAUAUUCAGUCUUAGGAUUGGGCAAGUGGAAUUUAGUGGAGGAGCCUUGUAAGUUAUAAUGCCUAGAGUAACAUGUUAGUCUUUUGAAAGAUGUCAGUCCAUAGCCUAUCGAAGGGAAGAUGGCUGUGAAACUCAUUAGAAUAACAAUAUAACUCAUCUAUGUUAGUCAACGUUGUAUUUUUACCCAACUAACGAAUAGCAAUGUUUUAGGAAAGUUACCUAUCCGUGACUCGAACAAUUGCGAAACUGGAAAUUGCUAUUGGUGGAUUUGGCAAAAAUAUAAUACACACGUCACGGUGAAGGACCAGAUUUAUGAAUAAACGUUGACUAACAUAGAUAAUGAGUUAUAUUGUUAUUCUAAUGAGUUUCACAGCCAUCUUCCCUUCGAUAGGCAAUGGUUAGUCGUUUUGGCGGUAGAUCAUGAGUUAUUUUGUACAUUAGACUUGCUACAAACUAGAGUGUUCACUCUAGUAUUUUACGUAAUAAACAAACAUGCAUUAAAAAAUAACGUACAUUUCAAAAUCAUCUGUUUUCCGUGUACCAUUUUUUUAAAAUGUCGACCAAAUGAAUAUAAAUCUUGCAUUAAAGGCCUUAUGCAACGAAUUUUUCGAUGGUGAGAUUUUUGCAUUACGUUAUAGAGUUCUUUGCACUGGUUCGAAAGAUGCAAACCGUUUUCCGAAACUCCAAGUAGCUUUAUUUUUAUAAGCCUUCAAAGUCGCAAAUUUUGCCUCUUUCUUUGCGAAAAAAAAAAGACCUUUGGUGAUCAGUGGUGUGACGUCACAGUAAUGAGUUGUUUUCGACGGACCUUAUGUAAAACAUGUUAAUCCUUUGUUUACACACAGCACGACUCAUUACUGUGACGUUACAGCGCGAAACAGUUUUUCGCAAGAGGGACCCAUCUUUAAACACAAAAUUCACCAACUUUUAGUUUGAAUUUCGCAUCGAGAUUGGUAUCAAAAUGAUCAGAAAAGGUGAAAUUUUAAUAAUGUGUAAAAACCUCACCAUCGAAAAAUUCGUUGCAUAAGGCCUUUAAACGAAGUUACUUGAGAAAAAUUGGAGAUGUACAUAACAAAAAUAAAUUAAUAGGAGUGAGAACAUAUGAAACAUUUAUUAUUUCCAGGCGACAAGAUAUGCAGUCAGCACCUAGUCCCUGCGCGUUUGAAAACCAUUUCCAUCUACGUUGGUCUAAAUGAACAACUGCUUUGUAUAAAUACUCAACUGUGUUUACAAACGUGUGUUAACUUUUUUAUUAACGUUUCAGGUCAAUCAGUCGCCCUAUUGGAUGAAAAACGAAGAGCCUAUGCGUACGGAGUUGUUACUGGCCAGUCAAUCGUCCACAGUAUGGCAGUUCCACCAGGAUGUCUGGCUGUGAAUGUGUCAACAGUUUUACCAGAAUGUACUCUUUCGCCUGCUCUGGGAAAUUCUUUCGAAGAAGCAGUUAUUAGGGAAGGCCGAUUAUACAUUUGGCCUAUGACAAGACUUGCUCUUCCUAGUCAAUUACGGCCUAUUACGAAAUAG